UGUCAAAACAAAAAAACAAAAAAACCCCACUAAAACCAGAUAUCAUUCACUGAUACUUUUUGAUUGAUUAUACUGCCUGCAGUUGUGUGUUACCUCUUGCAUAAUCCCCAUGUUAAACCCCAUGUUGGGGCCAGUGCUGUGGUAUAGAAGGUUAAGCUGCUGCCUGCAGUGCCAGCAUGCCAUAUGGGCACUGGUUUGAGCCCAGCUACUCUACUUCUUAUUUAUUUGAAAGUCAGAGUUACACAGAGAGAUAAGGAGAGAAAAAGAGAGGUCUUUCAUUUGCUGGUUAACUCCCCACAUGGCUGUAACAGCCAGAGCUGGGCCGAUCCAAAGCUAGGAGUCAGGAGCUUUUUCCAGGUUUCUCAUGCUGGUGCAGGGGCCCAAGGACUUGGGCCAUCUUCUACUGCUUUCCCAGGCCAUAGCUGAGAGCUGGAUCAGAAGUAGAGCAGCUGGGUCUCAAACCGGCACCAAUAUGGGAUGCCGGCAUUGCAGGUGGCGACUUAUCCCGCUACGCCACAGCACCAGCCCCUACUCCACUUCUGAUCCAGUUCUCUGCCUCUGCCUCUCAAAAAAAAAAAAAAAAAAAAAAACAACAACAACAAACAAAACAAAACAAAACAAAAAAAACACUAUGUUGCAGGAAAUCCACUGGCUAUUACAUGAAUGGGGUAGCGUGUCAGAUAGCAGAGGUUCUUGAUGGCAGCCUUAAAGUAGAUCAUUGGUGGAUGAGAUGGGAUUGGGGAGUAGGGUCAGAGGGAACCUGUCUUCCCCCUGCUGUCCUGCCUGAAGCUGAGACCUGCAGUAGAGGAAUCUUCUGGGAUUGCAGGAAUCGGAUCUGCAGUCCCAGUUUCUGCUCCUUCUUCAAGGUUUCCUCUGUUGUCUCUGCUUCCCUGCUGCAACAGAUUCCUCUUAGUUUUUCUUUUAUUAUUACUGUUAAUCUGACUCAUUGCUUCUUGUCCUUGACCUCAUCCCAAAACUGUCUGACACAUAGUUUAUAUUUUCUUGUAUGUUUGACUUUUAGUUAAUAUUUCAUGGUAAUUUCAUUCUACAGCUAUCUUUUUAUCUAAUACCCUGGAACUCAUCCCUGUCCCUCACAAUUCUGGUCUCUUGUAAUUAACUUUUGUGAAAAAGAAGUAUGACUUUCAGACAUACUCUCUUAUUAGUAAAGGAGUAUUACUGAAUGUGAAAUUAAUGCUGUGCAUCUGUAACAAGUUGUUCCACCUUGUGAAUACUAAAGCAAUUUAUAAAGAAACCUUUCUUUGUUAAAAAAUUUCUCUACGUGGGCCACAUAUUUCCAGACCUAUUUCAUAGUAAUUUGUGGUUUUUUAGGUAUGUCAAUAAAGAUGCUGUGGCCAGCAUGCCUGGAUUCUGUCAGAUAAACAUUUUGUGAGAUUGCUUACUUUUAAAAAAUUGUCUUGGUUUCAAACUUAAUUUCUUUCCUAAUGUCUGAGUAAAGAAAUUCUUAAGUAUUUAAUAGACCUGAUAAAUUAUAGUUAAAACAUUUUGUUUUGCUGUUUAAAUGUGUUUUCAAAGCGUUGAUAUGUUAAUGCUUGUUUCAUCCACAUACUUUGUUCUGAAUUUUAAGAAAUCUCUAUCUAAAUCAGUAACAUGCUAACAGCAUAUUUUUGAGGAUCAUAUGGAUUUUCUUUAUCAAAAACAGUUAAACGGAAAUUUCAGUGUGCAUGUGGGAAUGUAUUUGUCAUCAUUUAUACUGUAUGGGGAGAGUGACUCAUGCACUGUUUGGAGUUUCUGAUUGUAUAAAGAGAUUACAAACAAUUUGCAGUGGAAUUUAAGUAAUGUGUAUGUGAAAAAGAAGGGAAAGUAUGUUGCUCCUUUGUUCUUUUCUAACUUUGAUGAAAUUUUUACCAUUAAAAGUUUUUUUUGGUAGGGAUGGGUAUUGUGGCAGAGCAGGUUAAUUAGCUUGGGAUGCCCACAGCCCGUAUCAGAGUGCCUGGGAUAGAAUCCGGCCUCCCCUUCUGAUCCAGCUUCCUGCUAAUGUACACCCUGGGAGGCAGCAGGUGAUUAGCUCAAGAGCUUGAGUCCCUGCCACCCAUGUGGGAGACUGAGAUGGAGUUUCUGGCUCCUGACCAAGCCCUGACUCUUGCAAGGCGUUUGAAGAGUGAACCAAUGGAUGAAGGAUCUCUGUCUCUCUCUCUGUCUCUCUCGCUGACUCUUCCUUUCAUAUAAAUCAAAAUAAAUAAACUUAAAAAAAUGGUGAAAUAUUGACUACUUAAAAAAUGAAGUUCAAAUUUAUCCCCUUACAAUUAUUAUUUUUUGUAAAGUGAAGUUGAGUUUCUGAGCACAGUGUGGUUCUGCUCAUCUUGCUGAGGAUUUCUUGUCUUAUCACAGGAAAUGUAUGUUCCCAGAGGGGAAAAUCCAGUUUGGUUUCAGGUUGACAAAUAGCUUUUCAAGGACAGUAUGUCAAGUAUAAAAGGAAUUUCACCAUUUUAGUACUGUGAGAUUGUUUGAAGGGGAAAAGAUAAAAUAAUAGUUAACGUUGACAUUAUUGAAUCCCUGUUGUUAGCUGCCCCUAGCAUCUCCUGCUGCUCUCUUGGCAGUAUUUUAGCGAUGUGUUUCCUUUGACCUUUCCUUUAAUAGGAAGCCUUAGGCCCUAGGAUCUAGCAGAGAAAGUUGAGCCAUUUGUGUCUGUUUUUGAGAAGUUCUUGGGGGAAAGCAUAUCUCGGAGAGAAUUGAUGCAUGACUUUGGGCAAUUAAAGCUCAGUUUAUUAUACAGUGUGACGGACAGCCCAGUGAGAACCUCACAGAUAUGUACUGUGAGUGUGUAGAAGUGAGACUCUAAUGCAUAUUUUAUACCCUGAUACUGUUGAAUGACUUAUCUCCUGCCCCUAGGCCAGCCCCUUCUGCUCAUCAUUAUCCACUUCUGUUUAGAUCUCUGAAAAUUAUGCACUUACGAGCCCUCUCAUUGCUUCACUAUGAAUGGAAAAGCUUUUCUGUUGAGUUGCUUAAGCUUUGUUGCCUGGGGCUUUUACCCACAAGCUGUUGAAUGAGACUCAAUAUUUCUAGAAGUUUGUAAAAGGAUAGAAGAUCCCUUUUCUGUAACUUCCUUAUGUAUGUAUUUUUUCUGUUACGGAAGCUUGGCAUUCAGCACAUAUAGGUGAGAGAAAGAGACCCCAUAUUGACAUGUCCUUUGUUCUGAUCUGUAUACUCAGUUAACAUAUUCUUGGUUGCCUUCUGCCUACCUUCAAAUUCUGAACUCUUAGAAGACUUAGGUAUUUUGAUUGUCUGUGCAUAUAUUUUGAAAUCUCUGGAUUGAAGCUUUUCUAGGUGUUGGCACUCUGCUCAUCCCAGGACAUCAGGAUUAUAUAAAGAUUAGUUUUAUAAGUGACUAUUAACCAAAAAUCUUACUCUCAGGGGAGAAGAUUCAUGGAACUCCAAGAAUGCAUUGCCCUUUGCAUAACAAUUAAUUUAGGCAAUUAAAGAUAGAUGAGACUUAUGUUGCCUUUAAGUUUUUCAUUGUAAUGAGACAAAUAUAUUAUUAUAAAAGCUCUAUUCAUCAGUUAGAGUGUCUCUUAAUUACAGGAGUAGUAUAUUUUUAAGUUUAAUUAUGGUACUUUGAUGAUAUGAUACUUGCAAGCUAAGGAUACUUCAAGUUGUCAAGAUUUUUGGUGCAUCUAGAGCAGUGCUAUCCAAAAUAAAAAUUUCUAUGAUGUUCAAAAUGUUCUCCCUUUGCAGUGUCCAAUGUGGUAGUCACUAACCACACAUAGCUAGUGAGACUGAAAAACUUCAUUUUAAACUUUCUUUAAAUUGUAAACUGAAGUAAGGACUACGUUUUAAUGCAGUGGGUUAAGCCACCACUUUGAACCCUAUAAGGGAGUGCUUGUUGGCAUCCUGAGUGCUUUGCUUCCGAUGCAUAUUUUUACCUGCCAGUAUGCCUAGGAAAGCAGUGGAAGAUGGCCCAAGUACUUGGGACCCUAUCAUCCAUGUAGGAGACCAGGAUGGAGUUCCUGACUCCUAGCUUCUGCCUGGUACCACACUGGCUGUUGCCAUUUGGUGAGUGAACCAGUGGAUGUAAGAUUUCCCUGUCUCUGCUGUUCAAACAAAAAUAAAUUUUAAAAAGUCAUUAAAAAUAUAAAUUUUAAUAGUCACAAGUGGUUAGUGGUUACUAGUUUGGACAGCACAGAUCUAGAAUAUGUAGAAAAUCUACAUUUAGUAGUAUAAAAGCAUCUCAAGUUUCUUGUUUUUGGUUGGGAAGGUGAAUCUGGUUAAAUCUGAAAUUGAUAGUGGCCAAUAAUGCUGUUUGAUCUAAAGAGAAACUUCUUUAAUACGAUGCAAACUUAAAUGUGUGGGGUGAAUGUUGUGGCACAGCAAGAUAAGCCACUGUGUGAGAUGCCUGCAUCCCCUAUCGAAAUACUUGGGAAUCAAGCCCUGCCCCUGCUUCUGAUCCAACUUCCUGCUAAUGUGCCUGGGAAGCUUCUCUAAACUCCCCUAUCCCGCUCUUCCCCAUAGGUAAGUAGAAAUUCUUGAAAACACUGAAUUUUGUUCAAUAACCAAGAGUAUCUAAUAUAGAAAAAUAUUCCCUUAAAUAGAAAUAUAGAGAUUAUUAGGCCAACCAGAGUUUUAAAGAGUCACAACAAAAAAUUAAGCCCCCCCCCUUUUUUUAAGUUUUGUUUUCCCAGAUUUUGCAGGACUCCACUUGAGCUCUGUGUUAAAAGUUAGAAAUGUAGGGUCAAAGGAAACUAGGCUGUGUCUGCUCUGACUCUGCUGCCUGUUUACUUGCCCCUCAAGUGCUGUGUUCUUAGCUAAUAAACCAUGAAUGUAUAGCAGAGACAUGAGUGUACGCAGCCAUCUUUGACCCAGUAACACCUGGCAUCUUCCACUGAUCUGGGAAUCAGAACUCAUUUAGCACUGCUUCGGGUCAGGGAACUCGGAACCUAACUGCCCUGGUCCCUCUUUGUGGCAGUUGGUGCCUGAUAUACAUGAGGGACAGGGAUCCAGUGAACAAGGAAGCACACAGACAACACCAUUGUAAUGCUGCUACAUGGAGGGCACACCCCGUGCCGAUCCCAUUCCAAUAUGUAGCUUCUGUUUGGGGACUAAAGAAUCAAAUCGUGAAAAGAAACCAGAAGAACUCCUGUCCUGUGCAGAUUGUGGCAGUAGUGGACACCCAUCCUGUUUGAAAUUUUGUCCUGAAUUGACGACAAAUGUAAAGGCCUUACGGUGGCAGUGCAUUGAAUGCAAGACAUGCAGUGCAUGUAGAAUCCAAGGCAAAAAUGCAGAUAAUAUGCUUUUUUGUGACUCCUGUGAUAGAGGAUUCCAUAUGGAGUGCUGUGACCCACCACUUUCCAGAAUGCCAAAAGGGAUGUGGAUUUGCCAAGUCUGCAGACCAAAGAAAAAGGGAAGAAAACUACUUCAUGAGAAAGCUGCACAAAUAAAACGACGAUAUGCAAAACCCAUUGGACGACCGAAAAAUAAAUUAAAGCAACGAUUGUUGUCUGUAACCAGUGAUGAAGGAUCCAUGAAUGCAUUCACAGGAAGGGGGUCACCUGGUAGGGGUCAAAAGACUAAAGUCUGUACCACACCUUCAUCUGGUCAUGCUGCAUCUGGGAAGGACUCACGCAGCAGAUUGGCUGUUACAGACCCCACUCGGCCUGGUGCCACCACCAAAAUCACCACCACCUCCACCUCCAUUUCUGCCUCUACACUUAAAGUUAACAAGAAAACCAAAGGGCUCAUUGAUGGCCUUACUAAGUUUUUUACACCAUCACCUGAUGGUCGCAGAUCACGAGGUGAAAUAAUAGACUUUUCAAAGCACUAUCGUCCAAGGAAAAAGGUCUCUCAGAAACAGUCAUGCACUUCUCAUGUGUUGGCUACAGGUACCACACAAAAGCUAAAACCUCCACCUUCUUCACUUCCACCCCCAACCCCCAUCUCUGGUCAGAGCCCCAGUUCACAAAAGUCCAGCACUUCCACUUCUUCUACCUCUCCCCAGAGUUCUUCCAGCCAGUCCAGUGCGCCCUCCUUUAGCAGUCUUACUAAUAACAGCCAGCUGAAGGCACUCUUUGAUGGACUUUCCCAUAUCUAUACCACUCAGGGACAGUCUCGAAUAAAGGGACACCCAAGUUACGCACCACCCAAACGUAUGCGUCGUAAAACUGAACUUUCUUCCACGUCAAAAUCUAAAGCCCAUUUCUUUGGAAAAAGAGCUAUUAGAAGUAGGUUUAUUUCUCACUCCUCCUCUAGCUGGGGGAUGGCGAGAGGACGUAUCUUUAAAGCGAUUGCUCACUUCAAGCGAACAACCUUCCUUAAAAAGCACAGGCUGCUAGGCAGAUUAAAAUGUAAAGUGACCCCUCAGAUGGGGACCCCCUCACCAGGGAAGGGGAGCUUGACAGACGGAAGGAUUAACCCUGAUCAGGAUGAUGAUACUGAAAUAAAAAUAAGCAUCAAACAAGAAAGUACAGAUGUAAAUGUGAUUGGAAACAAGGAUGUCGUUACGGAAGAAGACUUGGAUGUUUUUAAGCAGGCCCAGGAACUUUCUUGGGAGAAAAUAGAAUGUGAAAGUGGAGUGGAAGACUGUGGCCGGUACCCUUCUGUGAUAGAAUUUGGCAAAUAUGAAAUCCAAACCUGGUAUUCCUCGCCUUACCCACAGGAAUAUGCAAGAUUACCAAAGCUUUACCUGUGUGAAUUCUGUCUUAAAUAUAUGAAAAGCAAGAAUAUUUUACUAAGACAUUCAAAGAAGUGUGGAUGGUUUCAUCCUCCAGCAAAUGAAAUUUACCGAAGGAAAGACCUUUCAGUGUUUGAGGUUGAUGGGAAUAUGAGCAAAAUUUAUUGCCAAAACCUUUGCUUGUUAGCCAAGCUCUUCCUGGACCACAAAACGUUGUAUUAUGAUGUCGAGCCAUUCCUUUUUUAUGUCCUUACAAAAAAUGAUGAAAAAGGCUGUCAUCUGGUUGGAUACUUCUCUAAGGAAAAGCUUUGCCAGCAGAAGUAUAAUGUCUCCUGCAUAAUGAUCAUGCCCCAGCACCAAAGGCAAGGAUUUGGACGGUUUCUCAUUGAUUUCAGCUAUUUGCUUUCUAGAAGAGAAGGCCAGGCCGGGUCACCUGAAAAGCCACUCUCUGAUCUGGGCCGCCUCUCCUACCUGGCCUAUUGGAAAAGCGUCAUCUUAGAAUAUCUCUACCAGCACCACGAGAGGCACAUCAGCAUCAAGGCCAUCAGCAGGGCUACGGGCAUGUGCCCACACGACAUCGCCACCACGCUGCAGCAUCUGCACAUGAUCGACAAGAGAGACGGCAGAUUUGUCAUCAUUAGACGGGAAAAGUUGAUAUUGGGCCAUAUGGAAAAGCUGAAGACCUGUUCCCGAACCAAUGAACUUGACCCAGAAAGUCUGAGGUGGACCCCAAUUUUAAUUUCUAAUGCUGCAGUUUCUGAAGAAGAGCGAGAAGCUGAGAAAGAGGCUGAGCGGCUGAUGGAACAAGCUAGCUGCUGGGAAAAGGAGGAGCAAGAAAUCCUGUCAUCUAGAGCUAACAGUAGGCAAUCACCUGCAAAAGUACAAUCGAAAAAUAAAUAUCUGCAUUCCCCGGAGAGCCGGCCAAUGGCAGGGGAGCGAGGGCAGCUGUUGGAGCUGUCGAAAGAGAGCAGUGAAGAAGAGGAGGAGGAAGAGGAGGAAGAAGAGGAGGAGGAGGAAGAGGAGGAAGAAGAAGAAGAGGAGGAGGAGGAAGAAGAGAAUAUUCAGAGCUCUCCCCCACGAUUAACUAAGCCACAGUCAGUUGCCAUAAAGAGAAAGAGGCCUUUUAUACUAAAGAAGAAAAGGGGUCGUAAACGCAGGAGGAUCAACAGCAGUGUAACAACUGAGACCAUUUCUGAGACGACAGAAGUGCUGAAUGAGCCCUUUGACAACUCAGAUGAAGAGAGGCCAAUGCCACAGCUGGAGCCUACCUGUGAGAUUGAAGUGGAGGAAGACGGCAGGAAGCCAGUCCUGAGAAAAGCAUUCCAACACCAAUCUGGGAAGAAAAAAUCAACAGAGGAAGAGGAAGGAAAAGACAAUCAUUGCUUUAAGAAUACCGAUACUUGUAGAAAUAAUACGGACGAUGAAGCAAGUAACUUGAAAGAAGGCAGCAAAGACAAUCCUGAACCUCUAAAGUGCAAGCAAGUAUGGCCAAAAGGAACGAAGCAUGGGCUUUCUAAGUGGAGACAAAACAAAGAGAGGAAGACUGGAUUUAAACUGAAUUUGUACACGCCACCAGAAACGCCCAUGGAACCUGAUGACCAGGUGACGAGCGAAGAACUGAAGGAGACGUCAGGAGACGGAGGCAGCCCCGCUCCCGGCGGGACGGAGCAGGAGGUCAAGGAGACUCCGGAAGCUCUGCUGCCUCGGGAUGAAGGCAGGAGAGAAGAAACUUGUGCACCUGCGAGUCCAACUAAGUCACCAGGAGAAAAACCGGACAGUGAGCUGAUCAAACCCGAGGAGGAGGAGGAGGAGGAGGAAGAGGAGGAAGAAGAGGAAGAGGAAGAAGAGGAGGAGGAGGAGGAGGAAGAUGAAGAAGUAAAUAUAGAAAAAGACCCAGGUGGUGCUAAGAGUCAGGCAAAGGAGGACCCAGAAGUCUCCAUGGAGAAGGACGGCCCUGUGCACUUGGACGAUCAGGAAGAGGAGGAGGAAGAGGAGGAAGAGCCGUCUCACAAUGAGGAUCAUGAUGCGGACGACGAGGAUGACAGUCACAUGGAGUCUGCUGACGUGGAGAAGGAAGAACUCCCAAGAGAACCUUUCAAAGAAGAACUGGAAAACCAGGAGGCUUUUUUAGACCUUAGUGUUCAGCCUGGCCAUUCAAACCCAGAGGUUUUGAUGGACUGUGGCGUUGACCUUGCUCCAUGUAACAGUGAGCCUAAGGAGCUUGCUGGGGACACUGAAACUGCACCUGAAUCUGAUGAGGAGCCCUCAGAAGAACAGGUACAGAAGCAGGACCCAAAGAGCAGCGAAGAAGUAGAUCCUGAGUUCAAAGAGGGAAACACAGCCCCGGUGGAAAUCGACUCUGAGACGGUCCAGGCAGUUCAGUCUUUGACGCAGCAGAACAGGGAACAGGACGACACCUUUCAGGAUUGUGCCGAGACUCAAGAAGCCUGUAGAAGCCUACAGAACUACACCCACGCAGACCAAAGUCCACAAAUUGCCACCACUCUGGAUGACUGCCAACAAUCAGACCACAGUAGCCCAGUUUCCUCUGUCCAUUCCCAUCCUGGCCAGUCAGUACGCUCUGUCAAUAGCCCAAGUGUCCCUGCCCUGGAAAACAGCUAUGCCCAAAUCAGCCCAGAUCAAAGUGCCAUCUCCGUGCCGUCUUUGCAGAACAUGGAAACCAGUCCAAUGAUGGAUGUUCCCUCAGUUUCAGAUCAUUCGCAGCAAGUCGUGGACAGCGGAUUUAGUGAUCUGGGUAGCAUCGAGAGCACAACGGAGAACUAUGAAAAUCCGAGCAGCUAUGAUUCUACUAUGGGUGGCAGCAUUUGUGGAAACAGUUCUUCACAGAACAGCUGCUCCUAUAGCAACCUCACCUCCAGCAAUCUGACGCAGAGCAGCUGUGCUGUCACCCAGCAGAUGUCCAACAUCAGCGGGAGCUGCAGCAUGCUGCAGCAAACCAGCAUCAGCUCCCCCCCGACCUGCAGCGUCAAGUCUCCUCAAGGCUGUGUGGUGGAGAGGCCUCCCAGUAGCAGUCAGCAACUGGCUCAGUGUAGCAUGGCUGCUAACUUCACCCCCCCAAUGCAGCUGGCUGAAAUCCCUGAGACAGGCAACGCCAACAUUGGCUUAUAUGAGCGCAUGGGUCAAAGUGAUUUUGGGGCUGGGCAUUACCCACAGCCGUCUGCCACCUUCAGCCUUGCCAAACUACAGCAGUUAACUAACACACUUAUUGAUCAUUCAUUGCCUUACAGCCAUUCCGCUGCUGUGACUUCCUAUGCAAACAGUGCCUCUUUGUCUGCACCAUUAAGUAACACAGGGCUUGUUCAGCUUUCUCAGUCUCCACACUCCGUCCCUGGGGGACCCCAAGCACAAGCUACCAUGACCCCACCCCCCAACCUGACUCCUCCUCCAAUGAAUCUGCCGCCACCUCUUUUGCAACGAAACAUGGCUGCAUCAAAUAUUGGCAUCUCCCACAGCCAAAGACUGCAAACCCAGAUUGCCAGCAAGAGCCACGUGUCCAUGAGAACCAAGUCGGCCUCUCUGUCACCAGGCACUGCCCCCCAUCAGUCACAGAUCUACGGGCGCUCCCAGACUGUAGCCAUGCAGGGUCCUGCACGGACUUUAACAAUGCAAAGAGGCAUGAACAUGAGUGUGAACCUGAUGCCAGCCCCAGCCUACAAUGUCAACUCUGUGAACAUGAACAUGAACACUCUCAAUGCCAUGAAUGGGUACAGCAUGUCCCAGCCAAUGAUGAACAGUGGCUACCACAGCAAUCAUGGCUACAUGAAUCAAACACCCCAAUACCCUAUGCAGAUGCAGAUGGGCAUGAUGGGAACCCAGCCAUAUGCCCAGCAGCCAAUGCAGACCCCGCCCCACGGGAACAUGAUGUACACAGCCCCCGGACAUCACGGCUACAUGAACACAGGCAUGUCCAAGCAAUCUCUCAAUGGGUCCUACAUGAGAAGGUAGACAAUGUGGGCGGUCCACAGAGCCCACUGGGCAUCACUAUUGGAUUGAUCUGCACAAAUACCUUUGAAGAGUACGAUUUCAAAACCAGCAAUUGGUGUGAAUGCAAAAACAUUUGUUGGCACCAUUUAUUUAAAAAAAAAAAAAAAGCUGUAUGCAGCAGAAAGCCUUAUACAAGUUGUUUUUCUUUCUUUCUUUUUUUCUUCUUCUUUUUUUUUUUUUUUGGUACUUUUGUUUCUGUUACUAACUUUUAUAUGAAAUUCUCUGCAAAGAAAGGCCUCUCUUUGGACUACAGUUUGGAGGCAGCCACUUGUUGUGCCUGCUUCCAUUAAAAAUGUGGAUAUCCAGCCCCCCCCCCCCCCAUUCUCUGUUUUAAUAUGGAACCUAGAGCUUUUUUUUCCUUCCCCGUCCACUCCAUGUAAAUGCCUUUAGCCUUUCAGUUAUUGUAUAUUUUGUUUAAGGUGACACUUCAGCAUGCCGCUAAUGUCUUUGUUAGUGACAGUGCAUUUUGUAGUACUGUACAAGUGUUGUGCUAACAGUAAGCCAUUUCUUAAGUUUUUUGCCUUGAUUAGGGUGCCCUAAUUUGAGGGUUUAAAAAAAACUAUAUUUUUGUUAAUUAUAAAACUGUAAAGAGCUAUAAAAGCUAUUCCCAUUUGGUUAGUUAAAAGGGUUUUAUUGCUAAAUGUUUGGUGUAAAGUUGAGACCCUUUUCCAUUUUGGUGACAGAUUUCUUUGGGGAAAAAAGGCAGCUUUCUGUUUUAUAAAUGCAGACUUCUGUUUAUUGAAUGAAGCAUAUCUCAGUGUUUAUCUGUCAGGUUUUGAAACAUUUCAUAUAUGUCCAAAUACUUGGCAGGAUUUAAAAAAAAUAGUGAAUUUGGUGUAAAGUUGCUAUUUUAUGGAAAUGCCUCUAACUUUACAUUUUCAUUCCAUCUGUAGAUUUUUCUAUCUUUAUAAAAUAUUGGAGUUAUUUUUUAAGGAAAAAUAGAGAAGUAGCUUGUGAAUAGCUCAAACUAAGCUUACAAAUCGCAUGUAAAAAAGCAAAAAAGUUAUUUGUGUCUGUUUAUAUUGCUUCCUUUUUUGUAGCCUUUGUACCUGUACAGGGUGACAGUAAGGGCCAAGCAGGAGAGGCGUAAUCCUUGUAUAAAAUAGGAGCCAGCGACACUCUUGUAUUUAUCUGUUCUCUUUUUAGUCAGUUACUUCAAAAAAACAAAAACAAAAACAAAAAAAAGCUGUACAUUUUAACAUAAAAUAAAUUAUGAUGAGCCAUUUUUA